GACUGGAUGAAGGUUCUGCAGUUGUUUUGCAGUUUAAGAAAAAACAGUCCAGGGACAUCAAAUAAACGUCUACGUCAGGUCAGCAGUCUUAUCUUACAUGUAGAAGAAGCUCAUACACUCCCAGUAAAACAUUUUACUAAUCCGUAUUGUAACAUCUACCUGAACAGUGUCCAGGUAGCAAAAACGCAUAUCAGGGAAGGGCAGAACCCUGUAUGGUCUGAAGAAUUUGUCUUUGAUGAUCUUUCAUCUGAUAUUAAUAGAUUUGAGAUAAGUCUUAGUAACAAAACAAAGAAAAGUAAAGAUCCAGAUAUAUUGUUUAUGCGUUGCCAAUUAAGCCGAUUACAGAAAGGACAUGCAACAGAUGAGUGGUUUCAACUCAGUUCCCAUAUACCACUGAAGGGUAUUGAGCCAGGGUCUUUGCGUGUUCGAGCACGAUAUUCUAUGGAGAAGAUCAUGCCAGAAGAGGAGUACAGUGAGUUUAAAGAG